AUGUGGGAUGACGCUCUGUGGGAUAGUUACUCUUCUCUGAAUCAGGAGGACUUUUCCGACAGUGACAGCACUCCAGAUGAAGAUGAGGAUGAGAGCAAAAGCAAAAGGGCAGAAAUAUUUUCAAGACAAGUUCCACCAAAUGCCUCUGAUCCCGAAAGUGCCGACUCCUUGAUUGCAUCUCGAAUGUCGAAGUUGUCAGUCGCUGAUCGAGAGAAGGUCUACAUGGACGUCCAUGGGAUACCAGACGACUGUGUAGAGGAAACUCCAGAACUAAUUCAAAACGGUUUGUGGGGAUUGCAGCACGAGCUCGAUGUUCUGCCAGACAAGCAAGCGUACAACAUUGCGGAAAGACUGGGCCCAGCAUAUACCCGGGAUAGAGAUUUUCGGCUUGCUUUCCUUCGAUGCGAGAAGUUUGAUUGUCACAAGGCAGCGCUUCGGUUUAUCCGUCACUUUCAAAUGAAACUGGACUUGUUUGGUCAGGAUAAACUUGUGAAGGACAUUACUCAGGAUGAUUUGAACAUGGAUGACAUGGAAAUUCUCUAUAUUGCUAAUGGAAGAUUCUUGAACUCGUAUGAUAAGAGGGGAAGAGUCAUCAAUGUUAAUGUCAUGGUGCAGAAAACGUACAAGACUGACACCGUUCUUCGCAAGGGCUUUUAUAACUUCAUGACAACAUGCCGUGAUGUGGAGAUACAACGGCGUGGCUUUGUAAAUGUCAGUAUCCAGUUUGGAGAUGAAAUUAAGGGCACGAGUGCGGAUAAUGCUGACCUUGUUUGGAAGUUGCCAAAACUAAAUGAAGGAGUUCCCUUAUGCGUCUCAGCUAUACAUUUAUGCUACACUACGGAAGCAUGGUUAGGAAUGCAUGCAAUGAUCAAGACUGCACUCAGCAAAGCAAACCAAGUUAGAUGUAGAGUGCAUACUGGCACGAUCCCCGAAUGCUUAGAAGAAUUACGUGGACAUGGAAUCGACCCAUCUUGUAUACCGGUGAACGCCAAAGGGGAGAUUACUGACCUUGUCAAAGAGCGUCAGAGAAUAGAACAACAACGACGGCAAGAGCGCUUGAAAUAUCCUACUCCUAGCACAAUUGCUGUUCCAUUUUGCGAGGAUGUUUUGUUAGGCAAGGGUACCCCGUUUCAGAUCCACCAUGGCAACAAAAAACUGCGACUGUUUGUAGCAGAUCGGUUCAAGAAGUAUGAAAGGGCGCAAAAAGGGGCAAAGAAAGCUAUUGCUUAUGAAAUCAUUGAUGCCGUUAGGAGCAAUGGAGGUCUAUUUCUAAAGCAAGAUGGCAACAGGUGGGUUCCAGCCACCGAUGAUGUGGCGCUAUUGAAAGUCAGCGCUCUUUUUCGAUAUUUGCGGUUGAAGAGUGGAACAAACUAG